AUGUCGCAGUCUAAUGCUUCGUUUUACAUUGGAUUAUCACUAGCUCUUUCUUCAACAGUAUUUAUAGGAUGUAGUUUCAUUGUCAAAAAGAUUGCCUUGCGAAGGCUCGCCUCUACGGGAACGCGCGCAGGCGAUGGCGGUUACCAGUACCUACUUGAUUGGGUGUGGUGGUUUGGACUCAUCCUGAUGGGUCUUGGUGAAGCGGCAAAUUUUGCUGGCUACGCUUUUGCCCCAGCAUCCCUUAUUACGCCGAUGGGGGGAUUGUCGGUCCUUGUCUCCGCAGUCCUCUCCUCUCACUUUCUUGGUGAAAGACUCAAUUUCACGGGGAAGAUUGGCUGUGUUGUGUGUCUUUGUGGAUCGACAAUGGUUGUACUGCAUGCUCCCAAAGAACAGGAAGUCCAAUCUCUCCAUGAACUCAGUUCCAAAGUCCUUAACCCAGGUUUCAUCAUCUACACAAUAGGAAUAGCGAUUGCUGGAAUUAUAUCUAUUUUUGUGAUUGCGCCCAAGUUCGGAAAUCGGAACCCCCUUGUUUUUGUUUUUAUUAGUGGCAGCAUUGGAUCUCUCUCUGUCAUGGCUUGCAAAGGCAUCGGAUUGGGCUUUAAGGAAGCAGUUGAAUUUGGUAUUCUAUCAACCUUCCGACAAUCGAUAUUCUGGUUCUUCCUCAUUGGCCUGAUCUUCUGCCUAACUAUUCAAUUGAAUUACCUUAAUCGAGCAUUAGAUAUCUUCAAUACGAGUAUCGUCACCCCACUGCUAUAUGUAUUUUUUACGGCAUUCGUCCUGAUAGCCUCCGCAAUCCUAUUCAAAGAAGGCGCCUCGCUGACUGCCACUGACUACAUUGGAAAUGCUGUUGGACUCAUCUGUAUAAUCAGUGGAAUUGUGCUGCUGACAUUGUUUAAGGAUGUAAAUAUAUCGCUGAGUGAUUUGGUCAAGGAGUUUAUGAGUCCAGUACCAACUCGAGUUAUACAUCUGAAUAGUGAUGCAGCAGCAAAAUACCGUUUUUCACCAACCUGGUGCAAACGAAAUGGUCGUACUUUCGCAGAUGAGUCGUAUACACUUUUAUCUACUUUAAAUGAAUGUAAUGUGAAUACAGAAAGCAGUAACGGUUCUCCGUCAGGUCAUGAAGUUAACGAAUAUCCAAAACUGGAACGGUUUCAGGGUGUACAUCAGAGGACUGGCUCCAAUACCUCCACUUUCAACUUUGCCACAGUUAUGGAUAAUAAUGAGAACUAUGCAACUGUCAGUGACAAUCCUACGAUCCAUCAUCCUGCUGCUUGGUGA